UGCUUUUUAAUACUGAAGAAAUGCAGAAAAAAGAAGAGGCAUGCAAGAUUGCGUGCGAGGUUCGACGUCGUUAAUUAAACCGUAUAAUAAGGGACGUAGGAGCGGCGACAGUCUAGGGAGGCGUCCAUUUAUCGGGAGAGGAUCGCGGGCACGCGGGACGGAAUCGAUCGCCGGAGGUCGACGUACUUAUACCUGUUCCCAAGCGUGUCCAUCUAUCUGCGAAUCUGGAGCUGCAGUGGACCAUUCUUCCAACACCGCUGUCGAUAAAUCACGGCGGCCGUUAUUAAAGGACCACGGGAACCGAACAAAGAGGGACCACCCUUCCGAGAGAAAUCUAACGGCGACUACGACUCCGAACAACGAAAAUGAACAAGGAUCGUAGAUUGGACAAUGGGCACCAGCCAACGUCUUUCAUUUGAUCCGGGACUCGAAUAUUUAUCGGCUCUACUGGUCGAGGCGCUAAUUUUUUAAUCCGCUUUUGUCUCGAAUAAAUGGGAACCGACGGGAAAUGUUAACAAAUUAUCGUGCAAAAUGAUUGCAUAUUUUUCGAAUUCUUUUUGUAAAUGGAAUAAAUAAAUUACUGAUCGUGUCAAGAAAUAAUGUCAUCAUAGGACCGAGCACGAUUUUUCAUUGUUUAUCAUUGUUACUAUGGGAUAUACACAGAACUGAUCUAAUCUACAAAGAAUGAUUCGGAUUUGCCCAAUCCGUAGAGUAAAGAAUUCAGCGGAUCAUGGCAUGAUCGCUGUUAAAAUAUCUUUACGGCAAUUCGCUAAGAAACGAGAAGGUAGCGAAUAGGCAAGCAUCAGGCGCGACUCUCGCGAGAAAGAGAGUGGCUCUUAUCGGUUCUGGUCUCUGAGGAAGGUAAGGAUCGG